AUGAAAGCUGGAGGCUUCACCGACUCUCCUACCGAUGUGAUGCGCAAGCAGACCUUGGAUUUCGAACGGAGCCUCUAUGAGACCACAGCAUCGCUGGACAUCCCCGAAACCGUCAUGACCAUCGCCAUGCGUGAUGGAUACGAAAGCGAAACCCGGGUCUUCAAGCCUGUCUCCGCUCCCGAGGCCGGAAGCCCUCUUGUGGUCCUCAUCUAUGGCGGCGGCUUCGUGGUCGGAACAAGCCUCCAGUUGGUUCCCUUUGCUCGUGCUAUUGCGAAGGCUUACGGGGCAACCGUCGUGGCGGUGUCGUACAGACUUGCCCCGGAGUGUCCCUUCCCCGCGGCUCCUAAUGAUGUCUGGGACUCCCUGAAGUGGGUUGCUGCCAAUGCGACGUCGCUGGGCGCAGACCCCUCGCAGGGCUUUGUCGUGGGCGGGGUCUCCGCGGGAGGAAACUUGACCUGUGUUGCAGCGCAGAAAGCCGUGAAGGAGAAGCUCUCGCCCCCCCUGACCGGCAUCUGGGUCUGCAUCCCCGUGACCACCGUGACCGUCGAGGGUCUCCCCGAGAAAUACCGCGACGAUUGGGUUUCCAGAACUCAGAACGCCGAUGCCCUCAUCCUCAGCACGGCCGAUAUCGACUUUCUGCGCGAUGCGUACGAGCCCGACGCCGCCUCGGAGGACUUCUCCCCCUUUGUGUACCCCGACGUGGCCGCUGAUAUCCCGCCCGCCUUUAUCCAGGUGGCGGGGAUGGACCCGAUGCGCGACGACGCCCUGAUCUAUCGCCGCUACCUCCAGGAACACGGCGUGAAGACCCGCCUGAACGUCUACCCGGGUGUUCCUCACUCCCACCACACCUUGCUGCCGACCCUGGAGAGUUCCCAGAACUUCCGUCGCGAUGUCGUGCUGGGAUUCGGUUGGUUGCUGGGCCACGAGCUGACCGCGGACGAGGUUGACGAGGUGGCUGGGGCUGCGCUGGACCUUUGUCACUGA